GAUUAUGCAAGAGAACUUUCAUUGCGAUCCGACAACAGAAGACAUCCCACUCAAGAGAAGAAAAGAACAUAAACGACAACGCGUUUGAUCUCCUCUGCUUAAACUGUAAAUCAUAGGCUAGAAACAACAACGUUAAUCAAACUCCGACAACUACUCCUGAGAGACUGGAUUUUUUUCGGGCUGCGGUUAUCUGGCUGAAAUAUUGCAAAGCUUGAAUCUUUGAGCUUUGGAAUUGAAAAUGGUUCAUCACUCUAGUUUUGUGGAUGAGGAGGGAGUAAGAAAAGCUUGCGGCUGCCCUUUGCUUCCAUUAAAAAGUCAUAUAAAGGGUCCUGCUCCAGUUUCGGAUCAAGAUAGAACUGAUAUAGUUGAUGAGGCAAUCACAUUUUUUCGCGCCAAUGUUUUCUUUAGAAAUUUUGAUAUUCAGAGCCCAGCUGAUAAGCUCCUUAUUUACUUAACAUUCUACAUCAAUGUGGCUUUGAAGAGGCUUGAGGGUUGCAGAACUUUGGCUGAAGGAACGAAAGCAAUUAUUAACUUGGGUUUGGAGAAGGUUCCUGUUCCUGGAGAGUCUGGCUUUCCUUUCCCGGGCCUCUUUGCUGAUCCUCAAUCUCAGAAGGAAGCAGAGCUAUUCAGAAAUUAUCUUAAACAGAUAAGGGAAGAAACUAGCGGGAGGCUAUUGAGUGUUGCAUAUAGACCCAAUGGGACUCCAAACAAAUGGUGGUUGGCCUUUGCCAAGAGGAAAUUCAUGAAUGUCAUCGCUCUUUGAAUAUUUUGUUUAUAUAUUCCACCGAAGGUGACAAAUAGAAGCCUUAUAACAAAUUGCGAAUAUCCUUUUUUUACCAAGUUAAAUACGAACAUCAAUGCCUUCAAAAACCAGGCAUCAGACAUGUUUUGUGUGAAAAUAACUGAUAUUACUGUAUACUUGUAAAAUGAAGUUUCUAUUUGUAAUAUCUUCAAAAAAAAUUGAUGAAUGUACUAUCGUCAUUUUCUGAAAGGAAGAGAAGGGAAUGUUAAUAAUAGGUGUUUAUUGGUUCGA